AUGGCUACAGAAGAACCUGAAUACCAGCUUAUUGGACUUCAUACCCGAUACUCCAGCUGGACGUCGCGGGUCGAAGCUGUCCUGGAGUACUUUCAAAUUCCAUACAACCCAGUUUUUGUGAAGAUUCCUGAUAUCAAAGCUGUGUCUCCAACGGGAUUUGUCCCUGUCCUCGAGUGUCGUUCUCUAGGCUCCACCCCCAUCGGCGAUUCACUUGCAAUCUGCGAAUUCCUCGCUGAAUCUCACCCUGAACUCCCACUAUGGCCUCGGGAUCGUCAGCUUAGAGCUCUUGCUCGGAGUGUUGCGUCGCAGAUGCACUCUGGAUUCUCUGCUCUCCGGGGCACGUUCCAUGCCAACUUCAUCGCUAGGUAUACAGGAAAUGUCCCAGUCUCGGCGGAUGCGCGAAAGGACGUACAGCGCAUUCUAUCCAUUUGGGGUGAGGCUCGUAAAACGACUAAAGAGCGCCUCCUAGCCCUGGGUGAGGCCGACGAAGGAUUUUUGUUUGGGGGGGUUCAGUAUUGCCGAUGCCGCUUUCGGACGUAUGAUCUUCCCUUGGAUACCGCGAGCGAAGAUGCUCUCAUCUGGAUGGCUCAAAUGUGGAACGAUCCCGUCUUUCGAGGACUGGCGGAUAAGUACUAUGAGCAAUCGGAAGACCCGGAGACGGUGAUCGCGCAUUAUGAUGACAUAUACCGGGGCCAGCAAGACAUUCAGUAUGGCCAAUUUCCCAGAGAUUGGAAUUUCUCGGCGGUUUAA